AUUUCCAUAAAAAGCUAUGAUCCCUUGCUCUAAAUUUGGGCAUGAGCUGAACCUUGAAAGGAAUGUCCUGAACCAGAGCCCCGGGGGGAAAUGGAACCGUGCGUCCCGCCCCAACAACGAAUCAUUUGGGCUCCAGGAGGCGGUAAAGAUGCGCUGUGCUUCAUAAUAGCGCGCACAAUCCUCUGGGUGAGGGCUGGCACCUGCGGGAAUCGCUAUCCUCCCAUAAAAACAGCUACCCCCGGAAUUUCUUUUUAGCUGGGAAAUUGUUUAGUAGCCACUAGUAGCCUAUCGAUUCUCCCUCGCUUUUAGCUGGACUGUAUAGUAUUGACCCUGCACUUGCCGCUCAUUAUCCUUAAUCAUGUCCCGAGUGGCAAAGUUCCGGCGCCAGGUGAGCGAAGACCCGGAUAUUGACAAUUUGUUGUCCACUUUGUCCCCGGAGGAGAUGGAGCAGCUGCAGAAAGAGCUCGAUGCUGGGGACCCAGAUGCAGGAGUGUCGGCUGGGCUGAGGCGAGAUCAGACAGAGAGGGCAUCCUGCCAGUUGGAAGCGGAGAGAGAAAGAGAGAACAAGAAGUUGGCCCAAAGGCAAGCAACAACUGAAAAGGAAAAAUCUACAGGGAAGGUUAAGGAGAAAAAAGUUGAAGAAGACAGCAAAGAGUCUCGUACUAAAGACCAAAACAAGACAAAACUGGAAGAGCCAAAAGACACCAAAACCCAGAAGACUGACCUCAAAAAAGAAACACCAAGACCAAAAGAUGAUCGUGUUUCCAAGAUGAGAGAGAGAUUCAGACAAGACAAGAACAGCAGCACAUUGGACAAAGAAAAGCCUGAAAAAAAAUUAUCUAAAAAACCCAGUCAAGAGAAAGUCACAAAAACGACAGAGAAAGAAAACACAGAAUUAAAAGUUGAGAAAGAAGUCAAAGAUAUAAAGAGAGAGGCAGAAGAAAAGCCUCCAGAAAAAUGCCAGGUUCCAGAAAAAUCUCCAAAAAAGACAGAGAAAGUCGAGGGUCUGUCAAAUGAUAACAAGGUAACAGGGAAGAAGCUGCCAAAUGAGGAGAAGAAGAGUUUGCAACAGGAACAGCUCGACAAGAAGCCUGAAAAUGGAACACAGAAUCAGACAGAAGAGAACAAAGAAGACGAGUCAUCCAGUAUUUUUGAAGAGCUUAUGGAAAAGGUCAAAAAUAAUGAUCCUGAAACAACAGAAUUAAACCUUAACAACUCUGACUGCAUCACUAUUGAGACAAUAAUGGGCUUUACAGAGGCCCUGGAGUUUAACACAGUGGUUAAGGUGUUCUCUUUGGCCAAUACCCGGGCUGAUGAUCACAUAGCUUUGGCCAUUGCUGCCAUGCUAAAGUCGAAUAAGCUCAUCACAAGUAUCAAUCUGGACUCCAAUCACAUCACAGGCAAAGGUAUCUUGGCCAUCUUCAGAGCCCUUCAACACAAUGACACACUGACAGAGUUGCGCUUCCACAAUCAACGGCACAUCUGCGGGGGGAAAACUGAGAUGGAGAUUGCUAAGAUUCUUAAAGAAAAUACCACAUUGUUAAAGCUAGGGUACCACUUUGAGCUUGCAGGGCCCCGUAUGACUGUCACAAAUUUGCUGAGUCGCAAUAUGGACAAACAGAGGCAGCGCAGGCAAGCAGAACGAGCUGCACAGGCAGCAGAAAAUAAGAAGACAAAUUGCCUUGAAGUGCCAAAAAUAAACACAAUUCAGAAAACUAGCCCAAAGCCUUCGCCACAGCCCUCUCCUAUGAAUUCUCUAAAAAGAACUUCCAAAAAAAAUGAGGUGCCUGCUCCCCCUCCACCUCCUCCGCCCCUUGCUCCCCUUGCACCACCUCUUGAGAAUAUUAGAAAUUCACUGUCUCCUGCCUCCCAAAGAAGAGUAGUGGAGAAAACAGGACCUUCAGAGAAAAACUCUAGGGAUCAGCUCUUGGAGUCCAUCAGAUCCAGCAAUGUGAAACAGCUUAAGAAAGUGGAAGUGCCUAAAUGGCUGAAGUAAAAAGCAUUAUCCUGUGUCUCACCUCACUACCACACCAUGGAUCUUAGAUUGCUGGCUUAAUAAAUCCUGGCAUAUUGAGGCAGUAUUUUGGACUUGGGUUGCUGAGGGAUCCAUUGCCAUAAAGGAAAGAGAUCGCCAUGUUUAUUUUGGUUAUUAUCUUCCAAAACCGGCUUACUGCAGCAGCACUUUCUUAACUGCACAUGAAGUCUUAUUUAUCCAAAAUGUCAUUACCAUCCUUUAUUCAGGAUUAUCAGUUUAUCAGUGACGCACUGUGCAACAUGGUUCACUACUUCAUCAUUAAUCCAUUCAGAGAAGCUAUUUUAACUAUGUAAUUCACCAGAUGAAUUUAAGGACUGACAGUUGUUUUUUUUUUUUUAAGUAAUAACCAAAAAAAAAAAAUAAAGCUGUGUUUGCAAAGUGAGCACUCUACCCACACAGUUUAUUUUCUUCUGUGGGUUAAGAUGUAUGAUGGAUACUACGUGCCGCUUCUCGGAGAAAUUAAAUUUACACAGAAUAUAUAUUACAAUUGUUGUUAUUUUAUUGUUCAAAAGCAACUGUCUCACAGUUUCAAGAGCUUAAUAAACAUAAAUAAUUGUCUGAA